AAUUCAUGCGAUUGUUCGUCUCGUCUGAGGAGUCUCGAGGAAUAACGAGGAAACUGUGAACUCUGUGAACAAUGAACCGUCAAAAUAGAACGACACUAUCAAAUGGAGACACCAGUUAUAUCCUCGCGACGAACGUAACGCAACAGAUACACCACGUAUCGAGAGAGAAACGGGGAGAAGCUUAUGGCAGAUUGAAAGGAUUUCGCGGUUGUACCAUUUGGUUAACGGGACUUUCCGGCGCCGGGAAGACUUCCAUCUCGUUUCACCUUGAAAAUUAUCUCGUUUCUCAGGGAAUACCUGCAUACAGUAUCGACGGUGACAAUGUUCGUAGAGGUCUAAACAAAAACCUAAGCUUCGCCAAAGAGGAUCGCGAGGAAAAUGUUCGAAGGGCAGCCGAGGUGGCGAAAUUGUUCUCAGACUGUGGCAUAAUCGCCAUUUGCAGCUUCGUCUCCCCCUUCGAGGCCGACAGAAGGCUGGCCAGGAAGAUCGUCGAGGAAUUCGACUUGAAAUUCUUCGAGAUUUAUAUAAAAGCUUCCGUAGAAAUCUGCGAGGCACGAGAUGUUAAAGGAUUGUACAAAAAGGCUAGGGAAGGCGUGAUCCAGAGUUUCACGGCCGUUGGCCAGGCGUACGAAGUGCCUAAGCAACCGGAUCUCGUCGUCAAUACGGAAGUCAAUAGCGUGGAAACGUCCACGAAAAUGGUGAUCGAGCUGUUGGAACGGGAAGGAAUCAUUCCAAAGUUUCGAGAAGGCGUGGAAGAAUUGUUCAUCGAGGAUGGAAGGAUCGAGGACGCCAAAAUGGAGGCGCGGAAUCUCCUCAGUAUCGAUAUCACUGAUAUCGAUUUGCAAUGGGUCCAAAUACUCGCUGAGGGAUGGGCCAGUCCACUCAGAGGAUUCAUGCGAGAAAACGAGUACCUGCAAUGUCAACAUUUCAAGACUCUCGAGCAAAAUGGAAGUGUUACCAACCAAUCGAUACCAAUUGUUCUUGCAAUUAGCACGGAUCAAAAAGAGAGAUGCAACAACGCUCCAGCGGUAACCCUAACUCACCAAAACCGAAUCAUAGCAAUCUUAAGGAAACCAGAAUUCUUUCCACAUCGAAAGGAAGAAAGAUGUUGCAGGGAAUUUGGAACGAACGAUCCUGGUCAUCCUUACGUUAGAAUGAUUCAGAAGUCAGGGGACUGGCUGGUUGGGGGGGAACUGGAGAUUUUCGAGAGAAUUAGGUGGAACGAUGGCCUCGACCAAUUCAGACUCACCCCAAACGAAAUUAGGGCAAAGUGCAACGAAAUGGGAGCCGACGUUGUGUUCGCUUUUCAACUGAGAAAUCCUGUGCACAAUGGCCAUGCACUAUUAAUGCAGGAUACGAGAAAGCAGCUUCUGGAGGCGUACAAUUUUAAAAAACCAGUUCUCUUGCUACAUCCUUUGGGGGGUUGGACGAAAGAGGACGAUGUGCCACUACCAAUAAGGAUAAAACAACACCAAAGCGUUCUGGAGGAAGGUGUGCUACAUCCGGACACCAUUCUCGCCAUUUUUCCAAGCCCGAUGAUGUAUGCAGGACCUACGGAGGUGCAAUGGCACGCCAAGGCAAGAAUGAUGGCAGGGGCAGAUUUUUAUAUCGUUGGUCGCGAUCCUGCGGGUUUACCGCAUCCUGACAAGUCCAAAACACCGGAUGGUAAUCUGUACGACGCGACGCACGGCGCCAGGGUGCUCUCCAUGGCACCAGGCCUUCGAAACCUGGAGAUAAUUCCAUUCAGGGUGGCAGCAUACGACAAGAAAGCAAAAAAGAUGGCGUUCUUCGAGCCAGAACGGUCUCAAGACUUCAGUUUCAUAUCAGGAACUAAAAUGAGAGAAUUGGCAAAGUCUGGCCAAGAUCCGCCAGAGGGCUUCAUGGCGCCAAAAGCUUGGGGAAUCCUGGCAGACUAUUACAAAUGAAAGAAAAAAUAAUUCUCGAUCGACUCUCAUGCAACAGAUGAGAUAUACAUACAAACCUGAAGUAUUUUCACUUCGAUUUUAAUUUAGUUGUAAAAGAUAAAACGUGUUACCAUAAGAGAUAAACAGUGCAUUAA